CCCAGCUGGAGAGACAACAGUGAAAGGUUCGUGUUUUGCGCAUGCGUCCCCAGAAGCUCGUGCGCGUGUGCAGCGACAAGAAGGGAGACGGACUAUCCGAUUAACGCUGCGUUUAAAACAACUGCCGAACCGAGCCGGACAAAACUCAUCUGAGGUCCAUACAGCAUAAUAUGGCGGACGAGGGUGUCGGUCAGAUGUCGAUCAAAGAACUGUACGUGUCUGAUAAACAGGGCAGCGAUGCGGAUGGAGAUGGUUCCGAGCAGAAACCCUUUAAAACUCCACUCAAGGCACUGUUGUUUGUGGGAAAAGAACCUUUUCCAGUGAUCUAUGUGGAUUCGCAGAAGGAAGGAGAGCGUUGGGCCGUCAUCUCUAAGACUCAAAUGAAGAGCACAAAGAAGCUUUUUAAUCAAAAGCAAAUGAAGAGUGAGAACAAAGACAAGAAGGAGACUGAAGAUGCUGAACGCAGAGAGAAGAAUCUGGAAGAAGCUAAAAAGAUCAUCAUCGAGAAUGACCCCAGCCUUCCUGAACCCAAAACCGUGAAGAUCAAUAAACUGGAGCCGCUCAGAGAACAGAGGGUGAAGGUGUUCGGUUGGGUCCAUCGGUUACGCAGACAAGGAAAGAACCUUCUGUUUAUUGUGCUACGUGAUGGAACAGGUUUCCUGCAGUGUGUUCUCACGGACAAACUGUGUCAGUGUUAUAAUGGACUGGUGUUGUCUACGGAGAGUACCGUCGCUCUGUACGGAACUGUGAAACCUGUUCCUGAGGGCAAACAGGCUCCGGGCGGCCAUGAGCUGCACUGUGAUUUCUGGGAGCUGAUCGGUCUGGCUCCGGCGGGAGGUGCUGAUAACCUGCUCAACGAGGAGUCUGACGUGGACGUGCAGCUGAACAACAGGCACAUGAUGAUCCGCGGGGAAAACGUCUCCAAGAUCCUGAGAGUCCGAUCCAACGUCAUGCAGUGUUUUCGGGAUCAUUUCUUCAGUCGUGGUUACUGCGAGAUAACUCCGCCCACUCUGGUGCAGACGCAGGUGGAGGGCGGCUCCACCCUCUUCAGUCUUGACUACUUCGGUGAGAACGCGUACCUGACGCAGUCCUCUCAGCUCUACCUGGAGACCUGCAUCCCUGCGCUGGGUGACACCUUCUGCAUCGCCCAGUCGUACCGUGCUGAGCAGUCGCGCACCCGCAGACACCUGUCCGAGUACACCCACAUUGAGGCUGAGUGUCCCUUCAUGACUUAUGAAGACCUUCUGAACCGUUUGGAGGAUCUGGUGUGUGAUGUGGUCGACAGGGUUCUAAAGUCUCCUGCUGCGCAACUGCUCUACGACAUCAACCCUGACUUCAAGCCUCCCAAACGUCCAUUCAAGAGGAUGAACUACACUGAGGCCAUUGAGUGGCUGAAAGAGCACAACAUCAAGAAGGAUGAUGGGACAUUUUAUGAGUUUGGAGAGGAUAUCCCAGAAGCCCCUGAGCGCCUGAUGACCGACACCAUUAACGAGACCAUCCUGCUGUGUCGAUUCCCAGCUGAGAUCAAAUCCUUCUACAUGCAGCGCUGCCCUGAGGACCGUCGCCUCACUGAAUCGGUGGAUGUGCUGAUGCCCAACGUCGGGGAGAUCGUGGGAGGCUCCAUGCGUAUCUGGGAUUCUGAGGAACUCCUGGAAGGGUAUAAGAGAGAGGGAAUCGACUCCACACCCUACUACUGGUACACUGACCAGAGAAAGUUUGGCACGUGUCCUCACGGUGGAUACGGUCUGGGACUGGAGCGGUUCCUCACCUGGCUGCUGAACCGACACCACAUCCGUGACGUCUGCCUGUAUCCGCGCUUCAUUCAGCGCUGCCGGCCUUAAGCGCAUGCGCACACACACACACACUGCAAGAGACCAACUAGGAAAUCCCGUCACUCACACUUAUUGCUGGAGACCAUAUAUAUAUCUGUCAUGUUUAAAGAUCUAAUCAGAAGAUGGUUUGAAGGAUGAUUCAAUGAUGCACUAACUGUUUUACUAACUGUAAUGUUAAUCUGUGGCACAACAAAUCUGAGAUGAUGCACUUUGUUUUUGAAUCCAUUAGAGGGCAUCAGAGAGAAAAUCAACUGCACUGCUGUUAAAUACACAUUACUUUUUUUAAUAGAUAACAAAUACAGAAUGACAGUAUAUUAUAAGCCUCAGAGCAAAAAAGUAACAUACCUUUUAAAACGAUUUACAGUUUUCACAACUUUUCUAUUAGAAAAAAUCAGAAAUCAGAUACAUAUAGUGCUUUAAGACUUCAAUAAAAAAAAGGCUUACUCUUACUAAAUUUACUUUUAAAUUUACAUUUCUGAUCAAUUAAUGGGUCCAUGUUAUUUCAUAACAUAAAAUGUUUGUCAUCAUAAUGAUAUUCAGAUAUAAUAAAUUUCACAUUACAGAAAUAAAGGGUGAUGAGAUUUUAAUGUGGUAUUAAGUGUUCUGAUCUCAUAUUUGCAAGCAAUAGAUAGUUGAGGCAGUGAAAUAAUCAUUUUGAUAAUAAUUUGGCCAGAAAUUCUUACCUAAACAUAUUCUGUCAUGAAAGAAGGAUAGAGAUUUUAUGUUAAUGAAAAACUUGACAACAAUAAAAAACCUCUUAUAAGAA